AUGGCCUCUCCAUUGAUACUUCUCCCGGGUGACGAUGUCCCUUCGGAACAUCUCCCCUCCAACGAUUCGGCGCCGCUGAGACUGGGCCCCGGUCUUCGCCUGCUUUCGCAACCAUCCACAUCGCCCGCGCCCACCGACGCAUCAACGCAUGUUCUCUCCGCGACCCAGGCCGGAAUCCUUUCCACAGAUCCCCGACGGAACGCAGUCUCUAUCCUCUCGUUCCCCAAUCGCCGCUACACCCCGACUACGAAUGACCUAGUAAUUGCGCAAAUCCACCACUCCAGCCCGGACUAUUUCCACUGCAUGAUCACGCCCCAGACCCCGCAGGCAGUGCUGGGACAGCUAUCGUUUGAAGGAGCCACAAAGAAAACGCGACCGAUGCUGAAACAGGGAGAUUUAGUUUAUGCGCGUGUAUUGUCAACGGGUCUGGGUGCCGGAGCUGAAGUCGAACUCACUUGCGUCAACCCUGCUACUGGAAAGGCCGAACCCGGGGGUCUGGGCCCGUUGACCGGCGGAAUGGUCUUCGAUCUCUCCGUUGGUAUGGCGGCUCGAUUGAUGCGAGCCAGUUCGUCUACGUCAGAUAACGAAGAUGGUGUUGAAGGGUUGGUGGUGCUGGACGAACUGGGCAAGAAGCUGGAGAAAAUCGGCGGCUUCGAGAUCGCAGUCGGGCGGAAUGGCAAGGUGUGGGUGGACUGUGCAAAUGGAGGAGAGUCGGCUGUCAAGGCGACGGUGGCCAUCGGACGGUGCCUCGACGCGAUUGACGCACAGAAUCUGCAACCAGCAGAGCAGAGGAAGUUGGUUUCGAGGCUAUUGCGAGAAAUGAAGGUCGAUACUUGA